UCCUCAGCAUCCUCAAACAGAAACCGGGGAGGCUGGGAUGGGGUCAGAGCCCUGAAGCCAGCCCCCUUUCUUUUGCCAAAACCUGCCUUUUACAGCCUGAGUGGACAACUGAAGGCUGCAGCUGGAGUCCUGGCCCUGAUGGAGCCCCCGCUGGGGCCUGAGGCUGCUGCCUUCCGCCCAGGCUGGCCAGCCCUGUUGCUGUGGGUCUCAACCCUGAGCUGUUCUGUCUCCUCUCCGGCUCCUCCUUCUCCUUCUCUGGUGCCCCAAAUCAGAACCAGCUACAAUUUUGGAAGGACUUUCCUCGGCCUUGAUAAAUGCAAUGCCUGCAUCGGGACAUCAAUUUGCAAGAAGUUCUUUAAAGAAGAAAUAAGGUUUGACAACUGGCUGGCCUCUCACCUCGAACUGCCUCUUGACUACUUGCCUUCUUACCCUGCAAAUUACUCAGAUGAUUCCAAAACCUGGCGCCCUGUGGAGAUUUCGAGGCUGGUCAGCAAACACCAAAACGAGAUCUCCGACAGGAGAAUCUGUGCAUCUACAGCAGCCCCAAGAACCUGCAGCGUCGAGCGUGUCCUGAGGAAAUCAGAAAGGUUCCAGAAAUGGCUGCAAGCCAAGCGCCUCACGCCAGACCUGGUGCAGGGCCUGCCCAGCCCCCUCCUGCGCUGCCCCUCACAGCGACUCCUGGACCGCGUAGUCCGGCGCUACGCCGAGGUGGUCGACGCCGGUAGCAUCUUCAUGGACCACUUCACAGACCGCGACAAGCUGCGUCUGCUCUACACACUGGCUGUCAACGCGCAUCCCAUCCUCCUACAGAUCUUUCCUGGCGCUGAGGGAUGGCCGCUGCCCAAGUACCUGGGCUCCUGUGGCCGAUUCCUGGUCAGCACCAGCACCAGCCCGCUGCAGGAAUUCUAUGGUGCCCCCCCGGACCAGGCGGCAGACUUGGCCUACCAGCUCCUUGGGGUCCUGGAGUCUCUGAGGAGCAACGAUUUGAACUACUUCCUCUACUUCACCCAUGUGGAUGCUGCUAUGUUUGGCAUCUUUAACAACGGGCAUCUGUUCAUCCGGGAUGCCAGUGCCCUGGGCGUCAUCGACAAGCAGGAAGGUAGUCAAACAGCUGCCAUGGCAGGUGAGAAUGAAGACAUCUUUAGCUGCUUGGUUGCUGGCUGCCACGCUGAGCUGCCCUCCUGUGACACCAUCCCUGAGAAGCAGAGCUUGGUGCUGGUGUGUCGGCAGGUGCUGCCUCAACUUCUCCAAGGGAAGUUCCUUUCCCCGGUGCAGGAGCAGAUAGACGCCCUCCUUGUUCAGUGUGGGGAGGGCGCCCGCCCAGACCCUGAAGUCCUUGGGGCCGCGAGCCAGCUGAAGGACAUCUUGAGACUCCUGAGAACCUGUGACCCCAGAUUUGCCUACCGCUACCCAGAUUGCAAGUAUAAUGAUAGGUUCUGAGGGCUGGAGCCUGGCUGGCCUCUGGGGACAACAUCCUCGGCUCUCCAGUCCCCGGUCGGGUUGUUGCAAAGUGGAAAAAAGCAGCUCCAUUUUAGACAUUAGGAGAAAUGCACAUUCAUUUCCAAGGGACUGAGGAACAUUCCAGCCAUCAGAAAGCAGUUGUGCAACACGGUGUGGUUGCUCCCACUGGCUGGGACGUCACUGAAGAGCCCAGGGGUGAACACUCACUCAACCUCUGAGUCUCAGUUUCGUCUGUUCUCUGCCAGACUCUCAAGUUAGUGAAAGAAGACAGAGAUGUGAAGGGCCAGGGGCCAGAGACAUACGUUUCCUACCCAUAGCCAAGGUAGCUAUAAAGUGUGUUCCAAAAGUGUGCACAGGUAGGGCGACUGAGACAGAGCCGUGGAGGUCAGGGGGUUGGCAUGAAGGGACGGCCAUGGGAAGGUAAGGCCCCUGGCUAGUAGCACGUUAGACUUGGACAAAAAGGACUCCUUCCUGAUCCCUGUGCCCCUAUACUAGCCCUUCUGCCACACUCUCCACAAAACCCCAGGGUAAGCAGACUUUAGGCCAAGGACACAGAAGGACAGGACCAUGCUCUGGGCUGGGUGCCUGGGGCCCCAUACGUGUACAAGUGAAGCACCUCAUGGUGUGGUAAGGAGCCAGGAAUAAGAAGUGGGGUGAGGCUGGGAGUUAAUGUGUUCAUCCAGGUCCUCUGAGAAACACGUCAAGACAGGAUGAACUGGGCAAGGAUUGCGAUAAGGACGAUGCCUGUGUGGAAGGAAAGAAGAAGGGAGCCAGAGACGGUUGAGAGAGCUAGCAGGCUGGGCUGCAAGUCUGAGGCUGAAGGAGGGAGAGAAGGCCAGGGGGGAGUAUCCUAGACUGCUCUCUGCACAAUGGAAGGAAGCUUCAGCAAAGCUGUCAGAGUGUCCUCAAGCCACAGCCAGCCAUCAGAUGAUCCCCAAGUCUCCCAAGAAUGGGCAGCCCUUAUACCCUUGCUGCAGGGAACAGCUAGUUGGAAGCAUGCUUCUGACUAGCUGCAAAGACAGAUUUCAAAGCGCAGUGAGGGGCACCUAGCCAGUUCUGCAUCCUGGAGCAGGAGGUCUGUGAGUAGAACAUUCUCAUUGCAGCCACAGCCAGGACUAGGCCAGCUCUCUGCACACUGUGGCCACCAAUGCAGGACUCUAAGGAGUCCAAGAAUCUUCAUUCAAAUGUGGCCUUACAGGUCAUUAUAAAAAAAUGUUUUCAAUGUCAGCCAACAGAACAUAUUUUAUCCAACCAUUGAUUAGUUUGUUUUAUACCUUUAAAAUAUUUGGCCGCAUGGUAUAUGGGCCUUCAUGUACAUUCUUGCCCCAGCCCCUCAAACAUUAGUGGGGGCUCCUUGGACCUUUGCCUAGCCUCUCUCCCAGCCCUCUACUCCCGGAGACCUCUCAGUUGGCCUCUCUUUUCUACCUCCGAAUCACCGCCUUUAGGUCACAAUGCCUGGCUUAACAGGCUUUAUACUGCAAAUACGGAAACUGAGGCCCAGGGAGGAAGAGUAACUUGCUGGGAUAGUUCCAGAACUCUUGCUACCAGUCUACACUCCUGUUGCCUCCCCCUUUAGCCUCUGACCCUCACCCUGGCCUACCCAAUUCUGGUCCCUUCACUCACAUUUAAAGCUGGGCCAAAAAUGUCUUACUUUAUGGCGCACUAGGUUGCCAGUGGGAUUUGUCUUUUGACUGCUCCAGGCACUAUCCCUGGGGCAGCCAUGACAGUGAGGAUGACAGGCACAAGCUUCUGGAAGAGUCUCAGGCAGUUGCCUUCUGACCUGGGCUGAACAGUGAAUAUUGACCACCCUUCCCAACACCUUCUUGUCAGCCUAGUGAAACUGCUUUUAGACUUCUGACAUUCAGAACUGUGAGAAGAUAAAUGCCUAUUCUUUCAAGCCACAUACUUUGUGGUAAUUUGUUAUAGCAGCCACAGGGUGCCACAUGUACCCCAAACUCCAUCUUAGUGUCCGCUUCCAAAGAACCCAACCUGCAGUACUCCCUAACUCCAGUCUGUUGGAUUCAAAAGCCAGACCUGACAUGAAGUCAGUAUGUUAGCAUCUAUACUCAAGGCUGAAGCUUGGAAGGUUCUGUUCCUGCACUUACUAAGUCUUGUGCAUCAUUUAAGACCCUGUCUGAAGUCCUACCUUGACCAGAAGCUUUUCCUGACAGUGCAGCCUCCAACAAGCCCUUUAUGAUUUCCAUCUCUGUACCCUUCAACCACAGGUCUGUGUCCCAUUUGAAGCUAAUCCCAAGGGGUAUUCCAGAGAUAUCUGUGCCCUACCUUCCCAUCAUGCUAGAGGAUCCCUGAGGAUGGUGGCAGCGGGGGGCGGGGGGGGGCCUCUGUGUUCCCAUAGCAACCGGAACAGAACUGGGCACAGAGCAGGUGCUUGGAAAAUGUUCUUGCUGAUGAUGACUGCAUUCUUUAGCUCUUUUGUUUGCUGUUUUUCAUACACCGUGUGCUAUAGACUGAAUGUUUAUGUCUCCCCAAAAUUCAUAUAUUGAAAU